CUUGGUUGAACUUCCUCACUUCUGGUGUCUCGUGCGCCCACGCCAUGGCCACUGUGGAGGGCACGCGCCGCUUCGUGGAGCGCCUGGUGCGGCAACAGCGCCUCGCACCGGCGCUGGCGACCCGACGCUUGGGGCCGCUGCACUGCACGGCCUUGGGUUUUGGCGCGUACCGCUUUCCGGGUGAAGCGAAGGACCAGGUACCCCGUGAGAUCCUGCAGAGGGCUUUGAGUUCGGUGAAUGUCAUUGACACCUCCAGCCACUAUGUGUCCGGCGAGAGCGAACGAGAGAUUGGGAAAUUCUUCAGUGCUGUGGACGCCAGGGAGGAAUACAUCCUUUGCACCAAGGUAGGUCAUGUGCCCCGAGGAACCUCGCCCAAAGGGGCUGUUCCAAUCUACCAACGUUCACAACAGAGCACGGAUGACUUGCAUUGUAUCGAGGGGUCUUUCGUGGAGUCCGAAGUUCGAAGCUGCCUUGAGCGAUUAAAGAUGAAGCAGAUUGACUUUGUGAUGCUGCAUAAUCCUGAGUACCUGCUCUCCGCCCGGAUGCAGGAAAAGGUUCCCAUCGCGGAUGCCUGGGAUGAGAUGUAUGGUGCUCUUUUUGAAGCCUUCAAGACCUUGGAACGCUUGUGCGACGAGGGAAUCAUUUCGUGUGGCUAUGGUGUGAGCAGCAACUUCUUGUCAUGUCUCUUCUCGGUGACGGGGCUCCCCAAUUUGUAUGAGUCGCUGGUGCUGGACCGCGUACUGGAUGCGGCCCAGGCCGCUGCCCAGGCCGAGAACUGCCAGAGCUGUCGGUUUCAAGUUGCACAGCUGCCCUUGAAUGCCUGGGAAAAUGGUGCUGUGCUUGGAAGAGAAGCCCAGGCUGAAGGCGAUUGCUUCAUGGCCACCCGCUUGGGCAUUUCUCUGCUCACAAAUCGACCCAUCAAUGCCUUACCAAUCCCAGGUGUGAGCAGUGGAGAUUGGGGCCGCAAUGACAAGCACUUGCAACUUCGAGAGGCUAAGCCCAUGGGGACCACAGAGUCUCUCCUGAAGAGGGUCUUAACAGAGGCGCUUGGAGAAGAGGCUCCACUACAACAGUUGGCCCUCCGAUUGGCACUCUCGGCACCAGGCAGCGCAUGUACAUUGAAUGGUGCCCAUCGCUGGAACUAUUUGGACGAUCUAGAAGAGGUCUUGACCAAGGAGCCCUUCCAGGUCUCACAGGUGCAGAAGGCGAUGACCGCUGCGCGGUCCAUGGCCACGGAACUGGGGUGUCGCAAGGAAGGUCUUUGGUGAAGCGAGGUGAAGUGAGGUCGCCCAACCGUCGGGCGGUAGGUCGCAAAAGUGGAGCGUGGAGGCGUGGGGGGCAGAGCAGGGUGCAUCCAAGCAUUACGCGACAUGGCAGGGGUUUUGACGGCAAAAAAUUGCACAAAUUCCAGUCCGAAACCUCCGUUUUCUUGCGAACGCGACUGCUUUCGCCUAUUGAAGCUCACUCUCGACCGGUCUUUCUCAGCCAGUGCCUGCUGAGCAGGCAGGCACUGCUCGCUUGUAGGGGAUGUUUGUGCCUGUCUUUUCGCUUGUUGGAAGAUCUUUUUUGGGGCACUUGAAUGGAAGAGUCCGGUCCAGCACCGGGGCAGGGAUAGCACCUCUGUUCGGUGGAUCGCAGUGGGGAGCUGGGUGGGCCGGACCUGCAGUUCGGUCCGGAAAUCCACUGGGUGGGGAGUGACCGCUGCGGUCGCAAGCGAGGCUUCGGGUGACUGAAAUAGGAACACCUGUCGUGAUGUUUUUUGGUAUGAUCAGUAUGAUCAACUCCCAAAAGAGGUCUUGACCGUUGUAUUUUGGAGCUGGGAGACCAUUUUACUCGUCCCGGUCGGGUUGUAGACUGGUCGAUGUCAUGGAUGGAUGGGAUGGAUCGGCUGGCUGGCUGGAUGG